AUACAGGGAAAUAGAUAUUUUAUGUUACUGGGAGAGUCUCUCUUAGUAGCAGCUAGAGUCCAAAUUGUUUUUAACUCCAUCUAUGCCAGUCGGGGCCCUUUAAUCAUGUUUUUAAAAGUCUAGCAGUAUUAUGAAGAAGGAUCCAGUUACACUAGGUGAGUAAGAAAAAGACAGUCCCCUCCUCAGAGAGCUAAUGAUCUAAGACAACACAGCAGGCGGAUGCAGGUGGAUUGUGGAGCCCGAGGAAACAAUCAGCUAAUGUUGUAACUAGAUAUGCCGGAGUUUGCAGAAAACUUGGUUUUAUGCCAAGGGUAGGCUUGCAGGGUUUGAAUUGUGAUCAGAGCCAGGUAGCACAGGGGAGAGACCACCUGGCCCAUGUAUUGGGGUCAUUGGUGACAAAGCAAGAAGGGCUCUGUGGUUGUCUCCAAUCUGUUCUCUCCUCCUCAUUGCAGAAACACGAGUUCUCUGUGGACAUGACCUGUGAAGGGUGCUCCAACGCGGUCACACGCGUGCUUAACAAGCUGGGAGGUGUUCAGUUUGAAAUCGACCUGCCCAACAAGAAGGUGUGCAUCGACUCGGAGCACAGCGUCGACACCUUGCUGGAGACACUGAAGAAAACCGGGAAGAGCGCCUCCUACCUGGGGGAGAAAUAACCCCAGAGCCAACAGGCUUGUGGGUCAGGCUUUCUCCGCACCGCCGAGGAGAUGUUGGAAAGGAGGCGGCUGGAAGGAGGAAGGGAGGCGGCUGGAAGGAGGAAGGACCCUUGGUGUAAAGGACCAUGAUCUACUUGAACCAUAGUUUGUAAAACUCCCUGAAUGUACAGUUCGGAUGUGUGAGCUUGCAGUAAAUGAAGAAUCUGCUUCCGUUUUCAAAUAUG